UCCAAAGAUACCCAACCUUGUAGAAUUGGAAGUUUGACUUUUACCAAAAAUAUUGAUAGCAGGAGAGAAACAUGUAUCGAACUGGACACUGAACCCAGAGUAAAUAUAAUCGAGAUGUCAGCAGCCUGGACAAGUCAACAAAAGAGUGUUUUACGCCAAGUCUCAAUGGUAGUACGAUCAAACCAGUUACUUAUAGUCACAGGACCUGUUGGCAGUGGAAAGAGCUCGUUACUGAUGGCCAUUCAAGGGGAAAUUCCCACACCUGAAGGGAAAAUUACGGUCCAUGGUCAAACAGCUUAUGUUAGCCAAAUACCUUGGAUCUUCUCGGCUUCCAUUCGUGAUAAUAUUGUAUUUGGACGACCAUUUGACGAGUACCGAUACAAGAGAAUACUAGAAAUGUGUGACCUUCAGAAAGACAUCAAGUGCUUCCCUCAUGAAGACUUGACCAUCAUUGGCCAGAGAGGUGUAGGUCUCAGUGGUGGUCAGCGUGCAAGACUCAGUCUAGCUCGCGCAGUCUACUCAGAAGCAGAUAUCUUCUUAAUGGAUGACCCACUCAGUGCAGUUGAUGCCAGGGUUGGACAACACAUCUUUGAUAAGUGUAUCUGUGGAGAGCUGUCGAAUCGAGUAAGAAUUCUGGUGACCCAUCAAGUACAAUACCUUCCACGAGCUGACAAGAUAGCAGUAGUAAGAGAGGGUGCUGUUGUUCUCGGGACAUAUUCGGAAUUGAGCAAAAACGGAAUAGUAGAUACCUUACAGAAAAGACAUGAAGAUACUACCAGCGACUACACAUUACAUGAAGAAGUCGUUCAUUAUAAAGAUGAUAAUUCUAAAGACAUGAGGGAGGAAGAUGAGGACAGAACUACUGGUACGGUGUCUUGGCGCUUGUACUGGAGGUUUUUCAAGGCUGGAUUACCUUCUGUUAUCAUUGUUUGCCUUGCUUUAUUUUACAUCAUCGCUCAAGUGUCAUCGGUGGUUCCAACUUGGUGGAUGUCACGAAUAGUUCAUAUGACACUACAGGAGCAAAGAGGUUCCUUCUCCUUAGGCGUGUUUAGUGGUUUGGUUGGAGCAUCGUUGAUUCUUUUCUUAGUAAAAGACUUGGUUUUUGUAAGCGCAAUUUUGAGGUCUACAAGAAAGCUACACGACAAGAUGACACUUGCUGUUAUCAAGUCUCCUGUUCUGUUCUUUGAUACCAAUCCUGCUGGACGAAUAAUGAACCGCUUUUCCAAAGAUAUCGGUGCUAUGGAUGAUUUACUGCCGAUCCAAUUCCUUUAUUCGGUUCCUAUGUGCUUGAAUAUAGUUAUAGUUAUGUUACUGCCUUUGGUAGGUAGCCUGUGGAUCGCUGUUGCUGUCAUUCCAAUGGCAAUGCUGUUAUUCUUGAUUGCUGCGUAUUAUCUAAAGAGUUCUCGUGAGCUGAAGAGAAUAGAAGCGAUAAGAUGCAGUCCUGUCUAUGACCAUGUUGCCGAAACCAUUACAGGGUUAGAAGUCAUUCGAACAUCAGGGGCCGAAGAAGAAUGCUGCAACAAAUCAAUCAUCCUGAAACAAAUCCGUAAAUGAAAAAUGGGUGGAAAAUAUCAACGCCUUGCCUCUGAAGCUGGUUCCAAGACGUUCAAAACUGGUCUUUUCUCCUAUCUUUUCUUUACCUGGUUAAAUGGGC